AUGGAGAGUCACAUCAUGAUCGGUGUUGGUGAAUGUCGCAGUCACCAGAGCCACCAACUCCCGAGCUUUGCGACCUUCGUGAGCGCCUCUACCGGAGAGGUAGGAACGCCUUUCCUCCCUGCCUCUGGCCCUGCAACUGGCAGCAUUCCUCUUUCACGAUCAUCAUCUUCCUCAUCACCUUCUCCGUCUUCGAAACCCCGCACUGCAUUUCCUCGCCAAUACGGUGCGAGUUCCGCCCCCAUGGAGAGCGGGUGCGGCAACGCCAUGUGUUCGAACCCGAAUCCCUAUGCCGGCAUGGCUCCUCCAAGCAGCGCCGGCGACCGCUUUCGCGACUGGUUCCCCGGCGUAGAACGUAUCCCUGGAUCAUCUCCUACCGACCCGCGAGCGUACAGAUCAUCCAGGACAGGCCACUCCCCUCCUGACUGCAAGUACAGCUCGGGCGCUACCGCCGCCGCCACUCUCCAGCUGGACCAGCCCCGGAGGAUAAGUCUUCCCUCCAUCUCGGCACUUACGGCACCGUCCCAGCCAGCCGAAGUUCGGCGGAACUCGCACGUCGACAUCUCGGAGAAUACCCUGUCGGCACCAAGCGGCCCAGCGGUUUCCAACUAUGGCGCCGCUUCAAGCUUCACCAGUAAUAACCCGGCCCAAACAGGUUCGGUUAGAUCGGGGGCCCCCAACUGCGGCAGCAGCGCCGACUCUCACCCCCAUGGCUCUCUACCUACCUUCAAUUUCCCAUCCCCCGGUCCCGGAGGACUUACACCGGACCAAAUGCCCGAGGCUGUCAAGAUGGCGCUCUCUGCGUUGGCGGGAGCCGCGGCCGGCGGUGAUCGACGAGGUAGUGCUGACUCUGCGUCGAGCCAAGAGCGGGCUACGCGAAGCAAGAGGAAAGCUAGUGCCAUCAGCGCGGGCAAAGGCCGAUCGAAGGAUCAUUCAGGAGAUGAGGAGAGCGGAGGUAACAAGAGGUUCAAGUGUCCGCACAAGGGCUGUGGCAAGUCCUACAGCUGGAAGGAGAACCUCACUCGACACAUGACGACAUGGCACUCGCCCAUGCAGAACCGAUGCCCAUUUUGCAAGGACAACGCCAUGAGACCGAGCUUCAACAGGCUGGACAACUUCAAGGAGCACAUCCUCCGACAUUUCCGCGACCGGAACAACUGCCGCGCGAGGACCGGGUUCGACCCGGCGGCCGAGGAAUUCUACCUCGGCAUCACGGAGAUGGUCAAGCAGAGACGACAACAGCAGCAACAACAGCACCAACAGCAACAGCAGCAGACUUUGACGGCAUCUCAGAGGAAGAGGCUCGGCGCGAUGAAUAUCGAGAGUCCCGGGAGUACGGAUACUUGUGAUACGGGGAGCGAUGUGGCUAGUGAUGUUGAUGGGGAUGUUGGAAUGAUGGGGUGA